AUGAGUGAUGCCGACUGGAAUAUCAUCAGAAAUCCGGACACACCGUUUACGGCGAUGAUUCCGGGUGGAAUGGUGCCCCUGCGCUCCAUCACAGUAAAGGGAACCGUCUUGGAUAAUGAUAUCAAAAGAUUUAACAUUGAUCUUUGUUGUGGACUUUUGAUCAAUGGUGACCAUAUGGACAACAAAGCCCUGCACCUUAACCCACGAUUUAUCAAAGCAGGUGUAUGGCCUUUCGGCGGCAACGCUGACCAGGAGAUCGUCAUAAACAGCUUGAUCAACAAUCAAUGGGGCGUCGAAGAAAGGUACUCAAAUGUCUUCGGGCUCAACGAACACUUUACGCUGCGUAUCCAGGCUUUUGAGGAAUACUUUAAGAUCGCAGUAAACGGAGCGCACCUUUGUGACUACGCUUUUCGGGUGCCGUUGUCGCAGAUUAAAGCUAUCCAUGCCGACGGAUGUAUACGCAUUGACUCGAUCCAGUUCCAACCAGCGAUCGUGGAUGGCAUUCCGCACGAGGCAGCUUCACCGGCUGGACUACAAGAAGUAGCGAAAUUUGAGCGCCCGCCCAUCCCAUUCCAACACAAGCUGAACGGAUUUGCUCCAUCUCAGACCGUUCAUGUCACGUUGACUCCAUUCCUAUCGGGCGAACGCUUCACGAUCAACUUCCACAAGGACGAAGAAUGGGUGUUCCACUUCCGCGUCGAUCUGCCGAAUAACGCUACCAAGGAAAAGGGUUCUGUGGUCCGUAACGCGACAUCGUCUUGCAAAUGGGGAGCUGAAGAGAGGAAUAUUAGCAGCUUCCCCUUCCACAAAGGUGUCACCUGCGAUAUCCACUUCACCGUUUUCCAGCGUUCAAUGGCUGUGGAUGUCAAUGGUGCGCCAUUCAUCUCGUUCGCCUUCCGCCAUCAACGUCAACCUACAGACAUCAACUUACUGACCGUAAAGGGCGACGCCGUCAUCCAUCGCAUCGUACAUAAGGCC